UCUUCAAUCGUGUUUUACACUGUGUAUCCUAUGGCAAGCCAACCUGGACCAAAUUCGUCACUCGUCCUAAAAAGUAAAAAGCCGGGUUUAUUCCGCUAGGAGGCCACUUUAUACGCCGUUUUAUAAAAACAAUUGCACGUCGUUUUUUUUAACAUGACGUGAAUGAUGCAUUUGUCCAGGAUGACUUGCCAUAGUGUCCUGGGAGCAGCGUGUCAGACAGAGAGUAGAGGACACAGUGUACUGCAGCAGUCAUUGCCAUGGAGCUGUACCUGGACCUCUUCUCUCAGCCCUGCCGCUCCGUCUACAUAUUCGCCUCAAAGAACAACAUUCCCUUUGAGUUCAAGAAGGUGUCUCUGAUGGAAGGCGAGCAGUAUGGAGAAGAAUUUGGGAAGAUCAACCUUAUAAGAAAACUUCCUGCUCUGCGAGAUGGAGACUUCUGCCUGGCUGAGAGCAUUGCCAUCCUGCUGUAUCUGGCAGAGAAGUUUAAGACUCCGGAUUUCUGGUACCCAGCUGACCUCUACCAACGCGCUUGCAUCAACGAGUAUCUGUCAUGGCAGCACACAGCUAUCCGUCUGCAUGGAUCCAAGAUGUUCUGGCUCCGGCUUUUGAUUCCCAAGGUUCUGGGCGUGGAUGUCCCGCAGGACAAGUUGGAUUCAGCCUUGGAGGACUUAAAUGGAUCCUUGAAACUCCUGGAGGAAAAGUUUAUCCAGGACAAGCCAUUCAUUGCAGGAGAUAACAUCUCAUUGGCUGAUCUGGUUGCCAUCGUGGAGGUUAUGCAGCCUGUUGGAUCAGGCCUGGAUGUGUUUGAGGGCAGACCCAAACUGAGUGCAUGGCGGGACAGAGUCCAGGUAGCCAUUGGGAAGGAGCUGUUUGAUGACGCCCACCAGUCCCUCUUGGGAGCCCAGGAGAGUGUGACAUUGAUGGACACCAGCAAGAUGCAGUUCCUCAAGCCCAAGAUCCUCAAAUUAUUCAUGUGAAGAGAAUAUUGGUUCAGUCCAAACUAGCUUGGUAAAUUUUGUGGUAACUCAUUACAAAUAGCGUUGAUAAGUUGUCUGAUUCGGGUACCAAUAAAAUACUAUGGGGAAAAAGUUAAUGACAAUGGUUUUAACAAUUUUUUUGGAAUGUGUCAUGAAAAGGGGAGAACAGCGAGGCAGGUUUUAUUCCAUAUAGCUAUAGGAAAGAGUCAGUAUUUGGUAAUGGAUUCAUUUCAAUUUCUUGCCCACUUUCCUGCUGUCCUGCUUAACACAGACAACACACACACAUCAUAAUACAUCUCUUUUGAAUAGACAAUACAUAGUAUGUAUUCCCAGUGGCUUGUAUGAGGACAUCUCUCAGUGCCAGUAAAAGCACCAGAAUGUUUUCCCUCAGUAUUGCAACAUGUGAUUUCCUGGACCUGGCCUUGGGGGCAGAAAGGCGCAGUUGUUUAGUCAGGCAGCCUGAUUAUGUAACAUAGAGGAAUGUGAACUGUGAGAUAACUGCACACAUGAUUCCUUAAAUCUUCUCUGUGAGCAAAUGCAGUCAAUCAGCUGUGUUUCAUGUGAUGCUCCUUCAAGCAUAAAUAAAUAGUGGUCUGUG